AGAGCCUGGGCACACACAGGAAGUUGGGGGAACGUACGGUACAUGAAGGAGACACCGUUCUGCCUCAGAGUUGGAUACCUUUUCCCAUACUCCAUGUCUGAUUCCAACACAACCGACUUCACCAACCCCUCCACCUUCAUCCUGCUGGGCAUUCCUGGCCUGGAGAUGGACCACGUCUGGAUCUCCAUCCCCUUCUUCACCAUGUACGCCAUAGCCAUGUUGGGGAACUUCACCAUCCUGGUCAUUGUGAAGAUGGAGCAGAGCCUCCAUGGGCCCAUGUACUAUUUCCUCUGCAUGCUGGCUGUCAGUGACCUGGUCCUGUCUACAUCCACCCUGCCCAAAAUGCUGAGCAUCUUCUGGUUUAAUUCCAAAGAGAUCAAUUUCAGUGCCUGCCUCACCCAGAUGUACUUCAUUCACUGCUUCUUAGUGAUGGACUCUGGGAUCCUCAUGGCCAUGGCUUUGGACCGCUAUGUGGCCAUCUGCCAUCCCCUGAGACAUUCCACCAUCCUGACAAACUUUGUGGUGGGCAAGAUUGGCCUGGCCGUGGUGCUGCGUGGUGGCAUGCUCAUACUGCCCUAUCCCUUUCUGACAAGUCAGUGGCCAUAUUGCAGAACCACCAUCAUCCCCAACAUGUACUGUGAGCACAUGGCUGUGGUGAAGCUGGCCUGUGCCGACACCCACAUCAGUAAUUACUACAGCCUCUCUGUGGCAUUCUUGGUGACGGGUCUGGAUGUGUUUUUUAUUGCUGUGUCGUAUAUCCAGAUUCUCAGGGCCAUCUUCAGUCUCCCCACAAAGGACGCCCGGCUCAAGACUUUUGGGACCUGCGGCUCCCACCUAUUUGUCAUUUUAACCUCUUACAUCCCAGCUCUCUUCUCCUCCCUCAUGCACCGGUUUGGUAACAAUGUGGCGGUACAUUUCCAUGUUCUCAUGGCCAAUGCGUACCUUCUAAUGCCCCCCAUGCUGCACCCCAUCAUCUACGGGGUGAGGACCAAACAGAUCCGGGACAGGUUGCUCCGAGUUCCACAGAUUGACUGUGAGGAAAUACUUCCUUUUGUUUGUUUUAAAUCUGCUUCUGACUAAUUCUAUUGGGUGACCCCUAGUUCGUAUGUUCUAAGAAGGCGUAAAUAACAUUUCCUUGUUUACUUUCUCCAUACCUCUCAGGAUUUGAGAGACCUCUGUCAUAUCCCCCCUUAGUUGUCUCUUUUCCAAGCUGAAAAGUCCCAGUCUUAUUAAUCUCUCCUCAUAUGAAGCUGUCCCAUACCCCUAAUCAUUUCCGUUGCCCUUCUCCGUUCCUUUCUGCACACAGCAUUCAAGGUGUGGGGAUUAAUAUAGAGGCAACAUGAUAUUUUCUGUCUUAUAAUCUCUCCCUUUCUUUAUGAUUCCCAACAUGCUGUUUGUUUGCUUGAUUGCCACUGCACUUUGAGGAGAUGUUUUAACCCUAUUCACUCCCCUUAGAUUGUAUGAACUCUCUGUAGCCUGAUAUCUCUGGGCUUUUCCUGAAC